AAAAAAAGAAAAUUCUAUCCCCCAAAUCGUGACACAUUUUUCAUCGUGCUUUUCCUCAUUUCGUGCGCGCGGUGCGGUGCGUUUGCGGAAGUUCUACCUUGGAACCGGAUUUUGCAUUGCAUAGUCAGUGACGUGAGCGUGUGAGCGAUGGUUUGACGUUUCGAAAACCGGACGGUAACCUUCGCGAAUCGUGCGGAAGGACAUCGGUCACGGUUUGUGGAGCCGGUGAUCUCACGAUGGACACAUUCGUCAUGUUACUAUUCGCGUUAAUCGUCGUAGUGAUAGCGCUAGUUUUCCUCUCGAAGCUACUGUACGAUAAGUAUGUGAAGAAGGGUACCGUCUCGGCCGAUGGGGCCACAACGGCUGCAACUGCAACGGGAGCGAGCACAACGGUCUCCUCCAUCGGAGGAGCAGGGGCCCUACUGCCCGGUGUGGCCGCCGCGAGGGAAGGUUCCCGCCUAUCGGAACCGAAGGAGGUGCUCGCAUCGAAAAAGGAAGCUCUCCUUGCCCAGGCAAGGAAUGGCGCCCUGGGUGGUGGCGCCCGAGUUGGUGGCGGCUUUGGUGGUGCCGGCAUCGGCGGUGGCGGCGGCCCAAAAGGUGGAUUCGGCGGUGGUGGCGGCGGCGGCGGCACUGCUAUCCUUCGGAAGCGAAUCUCCCGCAAGAGUCCUGGUCCCGAGUUGACGCAGAAGAAGCGCACCGUAUUGCCCCCGUCCAACAUCAAUGGAUCGGAUAUGCAAUCAGUUCAAUGGGCCAUUCAUUUGUUCCGUUGGCUCUACUCUGACAUGGUCGUUGUGAACAAGCUGCUGCAGGACUGGGUUGGGACCGUCAACACUGCCCUUUUGUCCUAUGUUGAACAGCACGAAAUGAUCGUAGAAGUGGUUCGAGUCCUACCGGAGAGUCUGCCGCCGAACAUGUCCAGCAUUCUUUGCGAACCGGCCGAACAGCCGAACGAGGUGGAGCUUCUAUUCGACCUGGAGUCUACCCCAGUCCUGCAGAUCAAAGCGUUCAGAUCGACCAAUCAGAAGACGGAAGUGUCGCACUACAAGGCGACCGUGUCCCGAUUGAAGACCCGCAUGAGCAUCAUCAUCAACUACUUUGCGCUCAAGGGUGAAAUGAAGGUGGAAGGAUUCCCCGAUAUCAAGAUCCACCUGAACAGUAUCGGUCCGUUGAAGACGGCCAACGCACAAGACGAAAAGAAGCAGAGCGACCUUAUCGUUGACCUGCUGACGUCCUCCAUUCGGGACGUUGUAUAUCCGAUCGAUUUCUCCAUCUACUCGACCUGUCCGCGACUGAUGGGCGAGGAACCGGAGGAAAUGCUCCCACUCGAUUACUCAGGUUAUGGGCAAUACGACGCUUACAGUUCUUAUCAAGAUAAUGCGUUCAACACUAGUGUAUCAACUUCACCAAAGAAACUUCUAGUCAAAGUAGUCAAAGCCGAAGGGCUUCUGCUGUGCUCUCAACCAUACUGCGUAAUUGAAAUGGACGAGCCAGCUCAGAAGCACCAGUCAGCCGGCAAAGCGGGACCAAACCCAUUCUGGGAUGAAAGCUUCCUUUUUGACUUGUCGAACCAUUCUACUGAACUUCUGUUCGAAGUGUAUGACUCUGUAGCAGUAGCCGCCGGCGGAUUCCAGAAAUUCCUCGGAUUGGGAUUGGUCGGCAUCGAUGAGCUCGCCAACGGUCCGGCCUCGACGCAAAUCCUGGAACUGCAGCCUAGGCCAUACGAGACGGAAACGAUUACGGGUACCCUGACGGUUGAGUUUGUGUUCAUCGACGCUCCUCCAGCACCGGCUCCUCGACGGCAGUACAUGCAGCAAUCGUUUGCUAGGGAUGGACUCGAUAGAAUGGCCACUAGCACCCCUACCCAACCGGCUGCCACCCUGCCAGGAGCUGGAGGAAUGCAUACCGUCUCUUCGGCACCCACUUCCCCGGCCAAGGCAGGAACCGGCCUUACCACCAGCAUCAGUUUCAGCGAACGGAACAAACACUUUGAGGCGGCCAACACUAAUCGAUUGAACAAAUCCUUCCUAAAGCCUCCCGCAGCAACCGACCACUACGGCUUGAAUGGCACUAAGCUGUCCGAAUCGACCCCGGUAUCACCGGCCCUAUCAUCCGCUUCGCAAUCCCUCAGCGCGGCCACCCUGAGCGGCAGCUCCCCGUACGACGUCAACCGGUCGCUGGACGCCACCAAGAAGCCACGGAACAUUUUCGGCACCCUGCGCAACAAACUCUCGCUCUCAAAGAAGUCCAAAUCGCUGGACAACUCGCAGUACAGCCCGACGCACGUCGGCCAGAUUCACAGUGCCUCGUCGACGCUCAGCCGUGGCUCCACGAUGGAUCAGCGAUCCAUCUUCAAGAGUCUCUCGCGGAAGUCUUCCAUUUCCGAAUCGUCGGCCGUGUCGGGAAUCUCCAACGCCAGUGGGCGAACGUUCGUCCAUGAGGAGUCCACGCUGCUGCUAGAAACGUUGGAGAACAAUGUCCUGCGACAUUACCUGGUGCCAAUCGAGGUCGCCCUCCGGCAGAGGGCGUGGAAGCGCAAAGGCGUCAAGCUGCACAUCUACAACGAUCACACGUUUAUCGCGAAGCACAUCAAAGGCGGAGUCCUAUGCCACGUGUGUAACCGCAGCAUCCUGCGCCGUCCGGGAAAACAGGGCUACGAGUGCCGCGAUUGUCUCAUCCAGUGCCACAAACCAUGCCACGUGCGAACUCCCCAAGCCUGCCCGAAUCCGAAAAUCCUUUCGGUACAACUGUUAAAAUGGCCAGCCCAGGGCGUUUGAAAUGGACAGUUUAUUCCAAAUUCGAGCAUUUAACUGCGGAGCACAAGUCAAACGAACCAUCACAAGAGCUUUUGUUAGUUUUACUGUUUCAGACGUUGUUUAAGGAAAAACAAAAACUAAUUGCGAUACUUUCACUUCAACUCGCCUCAACAUUACAAAAACACACGGCUUCGGAUUAGUAACGAAGCAACGCUUAAGCCACUCAUUGGAAAUCUCCUUAUAGAUACGGGCCUAAACGAAGAAAUCGAAAUCGGAUUACCUUCCAGACAUGACAAUUCAGUAGGAAGUAGCUUAAAGAACAAAAUAUUUAACGAGAAUGAAGAAAGCCUUCGAACGAUGAUAGGACAUGGAAUCACGUAACACAACACGGUCUAUUUAUUGUCAUCGCAAGCGAUGAAUCAAGCGGACAGAUUAGAACAUAGAAUACAAUGAAACUCUAAUCGGAUAGAAGGUUGUGAAAACCCUAUAAGGAACCAAAUGUAAUUUAAAACUCAAAAAACUAACGCCACUGCGCUGAUUUACGACUACAUACAUAUAUUUACUAAAUGUUACCUUCUACAAUUAGAAUCUUUACACCUAAAAAGUUUUCGUCUGAGUUGUUGAAAAAGUCAUAAUUGUUAAGGUGCAAGUGAGAAAGUCCGGUAAAAAAACUAGGGCAAACGCAGUACGGAGCAGCAUACCUCGGGUAUUUUUGCUUCGUUGCGGAAUGUGGUAGCAUAGAGAAAACAAAUGAUUUCGAGAACAAAGUGCAAUUGGUAAAGUGAUUUAA